UCGCAGCCAGUGUGGCAGCUGGGAAUGUUGGGGGCUUCAACGCGGACCGCUAUUUUCAGGACUGGGAACAAGUAGCGGGGCUGACCUGGAAGAGACUCUGCCCACGGCUCUCAUCUAGACAGACACACACUUUGCAAUCAAAAACCGGCGACCUGUGAUUUGUGUCCCCAGGGGGGGGGUUUGAAGUCGGUGGUCUGCAUCAGAUGGUCCACGGACAGCCGGUGGGGGCUCACUGCGGGGCUGCGUGCUAGAGGGGAACCAGCAGCCGGAGCAUCGGGUUUGUUUUCCCGGUCUGAGUGCGUACGCGUACACCGUACCUCCUCCUUUAAGUGUCACUCGGUCAGUCAGUGAUUCGUGUCCGGGGUGUGAAACGCUCGGUUUAAAUGUUUCACCGCCACCAAGCCACUCACACCAACGACGAUGGACUGAAAUCUGCGGCGGCGGCGAGCGACACACAACCUGCCGCGAUUUCCUGCAUGUAAAUAAAUGAUAGAGGAUACGAUGACCCUGCUGUCUCUGUUAGGUCGGAUCAUGCGCUAUUUUCUGCUCAGACCGGAGACCUUGUUCCUGCUGUGCAUCAGCCUGGCUCUGUGGAGUUACUUCUUCCACACGGACGAAGUGAAGACCAUCGUCAAGUCCAGCCGGGAUGCGGUCAAGAUGGUCAAGGGGAAAGUGGCGGAGAUGAUGCAGAACGAGCGGUUCGGCGGGCUGGACGUCCUGGACGCGGAGUUCUCCAAGACCUGGGAGUUCAAGAGCAACAGCGUGGCCGUGUACUCCAUCCAAGGCCGGCGAGACCACAUGGAGGACAGGUUCGAGGUGCUCACCGACGUGGUCAACCAGAGUCACCCGUCUAUAUUUGGGAUUUUUGAUGGCCACGGAGGAGAGGCUGCUGCUGACUUUGCCAAAGCCCACCUGCCCGAGGCGCUCCGCCAGCAGCUACUGACCUACGAACGGGAGCGAGAGCGAGACAGAGAAAAAGACAAGGAGAAAGAUGAAAAGAAGGAGAGGGGCGGCCUCUCCUAUCCUUCCAUCCUGGAGCAGCAGAUCCUGACUUUGGACAGAGAAAUGCUGGACAAGCUCUCUGCCACUUACAAUGAAGCAGGUACUACGUGUCUGGUGGCCCUGCUGUCUGAUAAGGAGUUGACGGUGGCCAACGUUGGAGACUCGCGUGGAGUUCUUUGUGAUAAAGACGGCAACGCCAUUCCUCUUUCGCACGACCACAAACCCUACCAGCUCAAAGAACGCAAGAGGAUCAAGAAAGCUGGUGGGUUCAUCAGCUUCAACGGCUCGUGGCGUGUCCAGGGCAUCUUGGCUAUGUCCCGUUCUCUGGGCGAUUACCCCCUGAAGAACCUCAAUGUGGUCAUUCCUGAUCCGGACAUCAUGACGUUUGACCUGAACAAGCUGCAGCCGGAGUUCAUGAUCCUGGCGUCGGACGGCCUGUGGGACACCUUCAGCAACGAGGAGGCGGUUCGCUUCAUCAGGGAACGACUGGGCGAGCCUCAUUUUGGCGCUAAGAGCAUAGUCCUCCAGUCCUUCUAUCGUGGCUGUCCUGACAACAUCACCGUGAUGGUGGUCAAGUUUAAAGGCAAGUCCAGCGAACAGUAGACCACCCGUCUACCACACACAGUAUCUAUAUUAUGUUUGAAUAGGAGUAAGAAUAAAGUAGGCUUGACGAAAGAUUUAAAAACUGAGUCCCCAACGUUUUGAGUGACAACUAUUUCUAUUACAUUUACAUAUGUUAACCUUUCAGUGCAUCAAACCACCCCUCCUCUACUUUUACUGCUGAAAAAGUGACACUUGUAAGAAAAUGGAGUUUUAUUUCCACAAUAUUUCAAAGGUGGUCUUUCCCUCAAUGUCGAUUUGACCACUAAUUGUUGUUGUUUUUAGUUUCCCGAUUGUGUUUCCACGUCAUUCAAUUGUAAAUUGACAUUUACUGAGUGACUGCACUGAAAAGGUUAUUUUAUCAGAUACACGUCAUGGUGCAACUAUGAAUUUAUUCCCUUUAUACAUAAACAACACGAAUGAUAAUAUGCAUAUGCUUGUUCAAAUAUCACCAGUCAUACUGUACAGCAAUAGAACCAAUUACAAUGGUCAUAUCACACUUGCUGAACAUUGAAACUCCUGAUGUACGGAUGAAUUAGGUGUUUUGUCUGGAGUUGCCCAAUUUUACAAGUUUAGAUCUUGAAUGUCUUAGCUUACUUUAAAUGAUUGCUGUUAGUUUCUGUGCGGAUAAAGUCUUUUUCUGUUUUUAUUGUUGCUAAAGUUAAAGAUUAUUUUUAAAGCUGAGACUCUUGUUAGAUCCCGAACCUUAUCAUAAUCCAUGUAACUACUGAUAAUAACUGUUGGAUAAUGCAGCAUAGCUUACAACUUUUUUAAAGCAAUACCUUGUGGUGAUAAUGUUGUAACAUCUCAUUGUGACUCUUAACUGCUAAUUAUUAAAUCACAAAGUUUGUCACAUGCCAUCUGAUAAUAUAAUAACUGACUGUUAAUUUAAACUUGUAAGAAGAAGGUAAUAAUUGAGUUAUCACAUAUAAUAAUUGGCAGUUAUACAUUUAAUAUUAUUUAGGAAUUAAGAUAAGCAUGUAAAGUUUAGAAGCCUUUUAAUAGGCUUCUCUUUUACACAUUGACUUGCUAUUCCUUCAUCUGACUCGUCUGACAUUAUCAUUCACUACAAUCGACGCAAGAUAUAAAUGUACAGAAAUUGACAGCUUACUGUUACGUCUUCUGUUAACGCCAUGUCAUAUUUAUCCUCACACAUAUCACAUUUCCCUGACCUAUAACUCAAAAUGUAACAAGGAAUGAAACACGUUAUUUUGCCUUAUUUUCUUAACCAUUAAUUACCCGUUAUGAAGUCUGCUGCAAAAACGACUUCUCGGUUUUUAAUGUAAUGCAGUGGAUCAUGCCAUGCACACUGCACGACGUCUGUGUCGGACCUUGUUAACUCACAUGUGGAAUAACAUUGUGGAAAGAAAUGUCUCCAAGAGAUAUGAAAUUGUAAGAUGAAUGUACAUACCGUCCUCAUGUUAUUAUCACCCAUCCACUGUUUACACAGCAACGAAGAAAGCAAUGCGCCUGUUCCUGGAUUGUUUAACUUCAGAGAUAUAUAUCAGAUAAAAACUGUUUGUGCUUUUUCAGUUCACAUUCUCCCUUGAUAAUGUACCUUACAGAGUGUUUAUGUGGCAUUUGUACUUGUUUUUGUUGAUUUUAAUAAACUGUAAAAGACAUGAAAAAUGAAAAAGGUAACAUUAAAAUGAUAAAUGAUCAUUUUCUCUGCGUCUGUGUUU